UCUACUGCAAGCAUGAAGUCAUUGGUGGUACUUCACUUCCCCUCAUCACCUCGUGCAUGCAACCCUCAUCAUACAGCUUCCACCAACAAUGGCAUCAGUAGGCACCACCAAGCUAGGAGGUAGGAGGUCAUGGCUUCCCCUCUUGUGACUUGUGACUUGUGCCAGCAUGCUAUCGCAUCAAAUAACACACUGAUCUCAGCACCGCGGAGCUAGCACCCCACUCCACCAGCAGACUGCGGCAGCAGCCAUGGACGGCGGCUCCCGUGCCCUGCUCAGCCAGACGGGAGACGAGCAGUCCAGGAGGAGCGUCGUCAUGGCCGGCGCCGGCGCCCUGACGGUGGCGAGGGACUACCGGCGGGGGAACUGGACGUUGCCGGAGACGAUGCUGCUGAUCGAGGCCAAGCGGAAGGUGCACGAGGAGCGGCACCGGGGGGACCAGGGCCUGGCGCGGUGGCGCUGGGUCGAGGACUACUGCUGGCGCGCCGGCUGCCGGCGCAGCCACAACCAGUGCAACGACCGCUGGGACAACCUCAUGCGGGACUACAAGAAGGUGCGCGCCUACGAGGCGGCCGGCGCCGGCGCCGGCGCCGGCGCAGCGCCCAGCUACUGGGCGAUGGGCAGGGCGGAGAGGAAGGAGAAGGGCCUCCCGAGCAACCUCCUCCGCGAGAUAUACGACGCCAUGGGCGAGGUCAUCGAGAGGAGGAUGAGCUUGGGAGGCAGUGGCGGUGGCGCCGGCGCCGGCGGGGCGUCCUCCAGCCUCCUCGAAGUCCCCAUGCAGGCUUCCCCGCUCGCCCAAUUCCUACCCCGAUCUCUACAUCUUGAACAAGAGGCGCGGCAUCACGAGUACGGCGUGGCGCAUUUCAGCAGCCCGGAGUCGCCGGAGAGGAAGAGGAGGCGGCCAUCGCUGGACGAGCUGCGGCCAGGGACAGGGAGUAGCACGCCACCAGCGCCGGUGGGACCGCACGUCGUCCACCGUCAGGAACAAGGGCACCGCCACCGCGAGGACGACGACGAUCACGGGCGCCGCGACGGCGAGAGCUCCGAUUCCGACGAGGAGGAGGAGAUCCUGGGCGGCGCGAUCGGGCGGUGCGCGGCGAUCCUGUCGGAGGCGCUGGAGAGCCGGGAGGCCGCGGAGGAGCGGCGGCACCGGGAGGUGAUGGCCGUGGAGGAGCGGCGCGGGCGCGCGCUGCAGGCGCGCCGCGAGGCCGGCGAGCAGUGCGUGGCCGGGCUGGCCGCGGCCGUGAACCAGCUCGCCGGGUCCAUGCUGGCGCUCGCCGCCGCCAAGCACAAGGACAAGGGCGGCGCGGCGCCCCCCAAGUGAGACAGGUCCCCCGUCUCGCAUGAUGACGCCGCCGUGCCCGUGCGUGCGGCCGCUGCCGGAACACCGAUCCGCGCACGCCACGGGCCAUCGAGUGGGCGUCGACCAGAUCGAGAUCGUCCUGCCAUCAGAGUGCUGGCGCUGCUGCAUGGCGAUGAUGCUCGGCCUCGUAUCGCAGCUCGAGGCCGUCAGCGCGUGCGCGCUGUCUCCUGCGGCGAGUCCGAGACGCCUAGCGGGGGGCUUUCUUCUGCAUGCAUGU